AUGCGCGAGCUUUUUCCUCGAGAGAUACGCGAUAUAGUGUAUGGGUACAUACUUGAGCAGCCGACAGUCACAGCUCCGAAGACGAUAGUGGACCCUAAAACAAGCAAGCUUUCUGGGAACUACUUCCAUCAUGCCCCGGGCUCGAAGCACGAUCUCCUAGGAAAUCAACACGUCUGGAAUGAGAACUUUGUCGGCCUACACCUUAAGAUGGAGUUAGUCGAGGCUUGGUACCGCGAAACGAAUUUCGUCUUAACUCUUCCUUCAACUUCCGUACUAAUGCUGUUCACGAGAGAUCGGUGGGAUGUUGAUGUCGUUCCUUUUGAGCACCUCAAGAAUGUCACGAUGAUCAUGCACACAGACAUCUCAGAGCGAUGGCUCGAGUCUGAUGUAAAGUACCUUGUGAGCAGUCUCCUCAAGUGCAAGAAGAAGGUCAGCAUGACUUUCAUCAUGGAAAAGCCCAAUUGGUCCGAAAUUUACUACACAUGGCUCGAUUUUCGCGUCAAUGACGACACUUCGUCUCGAGACUAUAUCAUCAAGGUCCAGAAGUUGCUCUUUGCCUUCAUGUACAAGCUGCGCUCGCUCGAAAUCGCCGGGCACUCUGUGGAUGUGAAGUUCUGGAAGGGCUUCACGAUGGGUGACCUACACAUACCUGCGUCGAAAUUUCUGGAGAAAAUCGAAAAGCUGUCCGAAGAGGCUUUCAACAACAAGAGCGCCGAGAAUGACGAGAGUAAUUCCAGCCUCUGA